UGAACCAGACAUACCGUUUGUCUAUACUCUGUUUGCUGAGGAUUCCCAUUUCCCACUAUAAUCUUUUCAAUCAGAGGAGUCUCCCCCCAAUACCCAAUUGAGUGAAAAAACCUGUGGAAAACAAGAACAGGAUGGCUGACGAGCACAGUGCCCAAAUUCCAAAAGUGAAACUUGGAAAUCAGGGACUUGAGGUUUCAAAGCUGGGGUUUGGCUGUAUGGGGCUGUCUGGGGUCUACAAUGAUCCCGUCCAGGAAGAGGUUGGCAUAUCAAUCAUCAAGUAUGCAUUCAGUAAAGGAAUCACAUUCUUUGAUUCAGCAGAUGUUUAUGGAGCAAAUGCUAAUGAAGUUUUGGUUGGAAAGGCAUUGAAGCAGUUGCCUAGGGAGAAGAUUCAGUUAGCCACAAAAUUUGGUAUUGUCAAAAUGGAAGCUAAUAGAGUUACAGUUAAUGGUACUCCUGAAUAUGUCCGCUCCUGUUGUGAGGGUAGUCUGAAGCGCCUUGAUGUGGAUUAUAUUGAUCUCUACUACCAGCACCGUGUUGACACUUCAGUACCUAUAGAAGACACUAUUGGGGAACUUAAGAAGUUGGUGGAAGAAGGAAAAAUAAAGUAUAUUGGAUUGUCUGAAGCUAGUGCAGACACAAUAAGGAGGGCACAUGCAGUUCAUCCCAUCACUGCUGUACAAAUGGAGUGGUCCCUUUGGACUCGCGAAAUUGAGGAAGAAAUAGUCCCCCUUUGCAGGGAGCUUGGAAUUGGAAUAGUACCAUACAGCCCUCUUGGUCGUGGAUUUUUUGGUGGCAAAGCAGUCAUAGAAAGUAUACCUGCAAAUAGUUUUUUGAACGCAAAUCCUAGAUUUCAAGGAGAGAAUUUUGAUCAAAACAAGACCCUCUAUUUUCGAUUUGGAAAGUUGGCUGAAAAGCAUGGAUGCACCCCUGCACAACUUGCACUUGCAUGGAUUCUUCAUCAAGGAGAUGAUGUGGUUCCCAUCCCUGGGACAACUAAGAUUAAAAAUCUUGAUGAUAACAUUGGUUCCAUAAGAGUGAACCUCGGUAGAGAAGAUGUGAAGGAGAUUUCUGAUGUAAUACCCGUCAAUGAGGUUGCAGGGGAUAGAAUAAGUGAUAAUUUUAUUCGCUGCUCAUGGAAGUUUGCAAAUACACCAUCAAGGGACAGCAAAUUAGCUUAAAAGUCUUUAUUUGAUAUGAGGUGUUUGUUUCGUGCAAAAUUUAUGGUGAAAGAUGAUGCUGAUCAGCUACUAAAGUACAGUCCAACCUAUGCUCAAGAUGGUUUUCAUUGAGGUGAAUAACAGAGUACUGAAUUUUUAGAAUGGCAAUGUUGUAGGAUAUUACGUGUGCUAGUGUGAUUAUGAUGUUGUUCUCUGUAAUUGAAGUACUAUCCUCCAUUUUAGGCACAAUUAAAUGUGUUGAUGGCCAAUAUCUUAGAGAUGUUUUACAAAUCUGGUUACCUCUCUUUA